AUGGCGUAUAUUUUCGUAUCCGCAGGCUGGAACGCUAAUCACUCAGUCGUGCAGUUUUUCCAGGAUGACUCCGAGAACGCGCCAAGGGAGGCAUUCUACCAAGAAAACAACAAACCACGCAUGAUUUUGCUUGAUAGAAAAGGCGCUGGCGCGAUAGACGCCUUCGACGACGAAAUUUCACCGAAUGUCAGUAUCGACUCUGAUUACAGUAGGCUACACGCCGUGCCGGGCGCAAACCAACAGACUUUCGACGAGGAAAAAGACGGUGAAAAGCGCAAUUUCACAGAGAGAACUGACGAAGAACUGGUCGAAACGCAGAUUGAAAAUUGGGACGGAGGUGUGGAAGUUCACCGAUCACAGAGCAUGAAGUCGGGAUGGUCUUCUAAGUGGAAUAAGAAUUGGACACAAUUCAGAUACCCAAGUUUAGUCACGCUUCCUGAACUUCACAAUGCAAGUCCGCCAGAGUUGACUUCCUACGCAGCGGGGUACGAGCGAGUAGGAGAAAGUAAAUAUCUAGAACAAGUCGAAGACGCUGUUCGAGUGAUGGCGGAAGAGAGUGAUCGAGUCGAAGGGUUUAUUUAUCUUGCGGAUUGUUUUGACGGAUUCGCUGGUGGCGUCGAUAGAGUGAUUGAGAUGAACCAAGACGAUUAUCACAGACGCUCCUUGCUGUUCAGUUUUGACGAGCCGGAGCCAAAGGCAACACCCUUCUCCCUUGUCUCCAAAUCACUCGCACUCCAAUCACAGGCUGACCUCAUCAUCCCUCUUUGGUCACCACAAUCAACAUCUACCGACGAGCAGUGCACCGCUCUAUCCUCCGUUAUAAGCAACAUGGCUACCUUCGCCGACUUUAUUCAAGCAGAAGAGGACCGCGAUGGAGUGCGCCUGAGCUGGAAUGUCUGGCCCGCAAGUCGCCUUGAAGCCACUCGCAACGUCAUCCCUGUCGGCGCGCUGUACACACCCCUCAAGUCCAGACCUGAUUUGCCUCCUAUCAAAUACAACCCCGUCCUCUGUCCGCGAUGUUCUGCUGUUUUGAACCCUUUCUGUCAGGUCGACUAUGCAGCCAAGAUCUGGGCAUGUAACUUCUGUUUCAACCGCAAUCCCUUUCCACAAUCGUACGCAGGUGCGACUGAACAGCAUCGUCCUUGUGAGCUGAUCCCGCACUUCACGACAAUUGAGUACACUCUUCCCCAGCAGCGGCCCAUUCCUGGACCUGUUUUUCUGUUUGUUGUUGAUACUUGCAUGCACGAGGAUGAGCUGCAGAGUCUCAAGGACAACCUUAUCAUGUCGCUGUCCAUGAUACCCAAGCACGCCCUCGUUGGUUUGGUCACUUUCGGAAGAAUGGUGCAAGUCCACGAGCUCGGCACUGAGGGUAUCUCCAAAUCCUACGUUUUCCGAGGCACCAAAGAUGUCGAUGCGAAGAAACUCCAAGCCAUGCUCCAGCUGGGCCAGCCGCAAGGACAAGGCAAUCAGGAGCAAAUGCCACCUUCUUUCCGUUUUCUGCGUCCGUUGUCGCAGUGCGAGCAGAAUCUCGAAGAACUAAUUGGUGAGAUCCAGCGCGAUCCAUGGCCAGUUCCGACUGGUAAACGCGCCCUCCGUUCUCUUGGAGUAGCUCUCUCCUUGUCUGCCUCGUUGCUGGGAAUUACGUACCCCAAUGUCGCCGGUAGAAUCAUGGUUUUCACAGCUGGUCCAGCUACACAGGGCCCUGGUAUGGUUAUUGACGAAAACCAAGCGCAGGUCAUCCGUGGCUGGCACGAUAUUGAAAAGGACAACUGUCCGUACAUGAAGAAAGCGCAGAAAUUCUACGACGCCGUUGCUGAUCGUGCCGCGGUAAAUGGGCAUGCUAUUGAUCUUUGGGGUUGUGCUCUUGAUCAAGUCGGUAUGCAUGAAAUGAAGAACUGUAUCGUCGGAACUGGUGGAUACAUGAUUAUGGCUGACAGGAACGGGUCUUGA